UCCUCCCGCUGAUCACCGAAACCAAUCUCGAAGAUCGAAGAUGCCUUCGGUAGAAUCGCACAAGUCGGUCUCCGGCGGCGAACCAGUCCAGCUCCAGAUCCGCUCCGUCUGGUCGGACAACCUCGAAGCCGAAUUUGAUCUCAUCCGCGAAGCCGUGGAGCGCUUCCCCUUCGCCUCCAUGGACACUGAAUUCCCCGGCGUGAUUCACCGUCCCCGCAAGCACCCAGCGGCGCUAACAGCCAGCGAGCGUUACGCCGUCCUCAAGGCCAACGUCGACGCCCUCCACCUGAUCCAGGUCGGCCUGACGCUCUCCGACUCCGCCGGCAACCUCCCGGACCUCGGAAGCGGCGGCGGAGCGAUCCGCUACCUCUGGGAGUUCAACUUCCGCGACUUCGACCCCCGCCGCGACCUCCACGCCCCGGAGUCCAUCGAGCUCCUCGAGGCGAACGGGAUCGACUUCGAGAAGAACCGGGCGAGGGGUAUCGACUCCCGCCGCUUCGCCGAGCUUCUCAUGUCCUCCGGCUUGGUGUGCAACGACUCGGCCGUGGCCUGGGUGACCUUCCACAGCGCCUACGACUUCGGCUACCUGAUCAAGAUCCUCACGCGGGGCAAGCUGCCGAGGAGCCUGCAGGAGUUCAUGGGGCUGGUCGGGGUCUUCUUCGGGGACAGGGUGUUCGACAUGAAGCACAUGAUGAGAUUCUGCGGCAGCUUGUACGGAGGGCUGGAACGGGUGGCGACCACGCUCCAGGUGGACCGGGCGGUUGGCCGAUGCCACCAGGCGGGGUCCGACAGUUUGCUAACUUGGCAGGCGUUCAGGCGGAUGAAGGAACUCUUCUUCAUGGAGGACGACGGCAAGAAGCACGCCGGAAUUCUCUUCGGCUUGGAAGCCUACUGAUUGCAGGAAGGGCAGUCAUCGCUACAAUUCAUAAUUCGUUAUAUCUUGAGAAUUUUGUGUAUAAACUUAUGGAAUUAAUAGUAAUAAUUGGUCUUUGACGGAUAAACAAUACUUAUUAGAAGCA